GCCCCAGGACCUAUUACAACCUACGUACGCGCUGGACACGUAAGCCUUCGGGAUCCCGAGACGGACGCAUAACACAAUCCGGGAUUCCGGUUUUCUAUGACUUCCAGGAGGCGAACUUUGCGAACAUUGCGGAAGUCCCGGUCGGUUCGGUCUGUGACUAUAGACAAUUCGGCAAGGAAACACACUGCAUCCACUAGGUUUUCUUUUAUUUAUUUUUUCCAUUCUCAGGUUAACUCCGAAAGCACAUUCUGUCAGCUAUCAAACUCGUUGUUCAGCUGGAAGCCGAAGGCUACCGUCGGAAACUAAGCGCUCGCGUGAUGUGGCGUUGUCCAUCAAGACCCUCGAGCCGUUCAAAGCACAUGGCAAAGCAGAAGCAGUUAGCGCUGUCCCUGAAAUUAGAAGAAAGCGGUUGGAUACAUCGGAAUAUAUAAGGAAGCGCUUCCUGUACGACUCGAAUGAACCUGCUAAGCGUACGAACAUUAAAAAGUGUCCUCUUGGAAAGACCUCAUCUGCUUUACUUAUGGAUUCUUCGACAAAAUUGCAUCAGAGUAAGGCGCUGUCUUUAGCCCACAAGCCAUCAUGUCAUCGAAGCAAGCGAAGACGACGUGUGAAGCCCACUCACUCAAACGAUAGUGAAUCAGACUCAGAACAACCUCGAGCUGCAAGCACGGUUCUAGCUAACAUGUCGCAAAGGCGGGCACCCAGGCAUUCUGAACAUGAACCAACGCAGGAUGUCCUGACUACAGACCGGAGGUCUACUUGGGAACUACCGAGUUUGUUUGAUGGGGAGGUAUCGAGCCCGGUUGAUAACGACAAUUUGUCAGUGUCGGGAGCUGUUGAUCCUGCUCACUUCCUACCAAACAAGUAUUCCGGACCAGAUACUUACUCAGAUGUGUUGAUGAACGAACUCCGCCAUCCGAUCGAUACUCGGAGCUCGACCAGUCCUCACGAAACUCCGCAACGGACAAUCAAUGUGAAGCAGCGUGUUACCCGGAGUCAGCGCCCUUUUGGUUCAGAUCCACCGCGAAAAAGAAUGAAUACCUACGGAUCGUCUUUAUUGUCUCCUGGACCUGCUUCUUCUGGAGAAGAUGAUAUAAUUCACUUUUGUUCAGAUUCCAGUGCCGAUCGGUUCGUGCGGUAUAGACCGUUGAACGAUCCAGACACAACUAGAAGCGGCUAUCUACAUUCUCUUGCUGCUCAAAGGGUUCCUGAAAAACAGAGUCACGUAUCGAGUGAAGAUAUUGAAGAAGAGGAUCUUUUGGCUCCAAAGCUAUCGAUUUUUGCUGGAUCGACUACCUUAAGUACUUCCGAUGGCGUCAUUCUGUCCGGUAUGCCUAACCCUAAUGUGGCGCCUACUGGGACAACUUCGGUUGCCGGCGGGAGCCGCAGAAAAUCGCCAGUUCGCCCCAUGCAAGUGUUGCGCACAAAGUCCUCAACUCUUUCUUCUGCAAAUACUUCAACCAGCUUAUCAGUAACAGUGCUCGAAACCGCAUCUGACAAUAGUCCAUUAGUUUUUGCACAGUCCACUGGUUACCUUCGAGGACUACCAGACAGUAGCUGUGGUCCCAACGAAGACAUUUCCCUUACGGAUCAACCUUUGGACUCUGAAUCCAAUUCAUUGUCUGUGUCUUUACGCUUAACAAGUCCCAGUGGUCCAUCUUACUCCUCCAUUGCGAUCCAUGCGAUACGUGAUCCGGUAGGGAAGUCAUCUGGCGAUACUACCAUCACAACCCAUUCUGAAGCUGCUUCGACCCGUGUGUGCUCCAGCAGUUCUCGACCGCACUCCUCUGGAUCAACGAAAUCCACGUUCUCCCUCUCCCACACAAAUCAUGCUUCCGGAAACCGGCAUCGCCCUAGCAUACUGAAACGUGGCUUCACUUCGCUUUUGUCCCCUAUACUCAGUAGUGCUCUCGAAGUCAGCAAUGAGAUGUCUAUAUCAGCCGCUGGUCGAACGAUCGGUGCAUAUCCGCAGAGCGCAGCAUACACUCACAAAGCCAAUGCGACGAUAAAUAGCUCCCUAUCCGGUCCCCUUAUGAUGUCUUCUGCCAUCGGUGAUGUUUCCGAUGCUAUUUGUGCUGGCCCGACCAAGUUGCUACAAUUGGUGACUUCAAAUCCCUCGACAACACAAUCAACCACUAGCAGCCUUACAGCUAGUGACAAGUUAUUUGGCCGCCGAUCAAACGCUUAUGUUAGGAGCGAUCAUUUAACUGCAGCGACGACACCUACUGUGCUCUAUCCAUACGCCAGUACUGUGGAUUCGAAAGGCCUGUUUGCUGUGCCCGACCAAAGCGCAUAUCGAUAUACUGUUCUUCGUGGGUCUCUUGACGGUAGACGUUAUUUGGUUCUCGGCAAUCAAGGGAUUUUUCACCGUUCUCCUAUCGCCCCUCUGGUCUCGUCCAUGAGCGCUGAUGGUCAAUAUCUGGACCAUUCAAUGACAGAUAACGAGUCCUCUCAAACUGCACUCUCUGUUCACAUUGAUAAUGACGCAUGUAACAACCUUGAUCUUCAAAUCGGGCCAACUAUCACGUGUGUUUCGCCCACUCUCGGAAUUGUUGCUUCCACCUCUGCGCCGAUCGUUACUUCUGCCAUUGCUACUUAACACAUACAUCGUAUUUGGUGAACUACUUCGGCUUGUUCUCGUUCCACUCAUCCACAUAAUUGUUUCAACUUCAUCUAAUCAUUUAAUUCUUGAACCUGUACCCUACUCUUCUCUCUCGACGUACCUUAUUUUUGUAUCGUUUUCACUCACAUUCAGCGAUUAAUAUUUGACCUACGCCUCUGUGGACGCUGUUUCCUUAUUGUCCAUUUUUCGAUAUCCAUCUUUAUUACUCUUGUGUGCUAAAAGUCAACGUUCCAGAGACGCGUUUUGGCAUCAGUACAUUAGCUGAUCCUGAAUAAUUUUCGAGAACAUUAUACCUUUGUGGUGAUGGUAUUUUCUGGACCAGUUGUUUUCAGUCUUUUACCCACUGGAUGCUUUUUACUUGCACUCUAAUAAUUACACGCAGUGUGGCGCAAUUUCCUUAUUUGGUGACCAUUUUUGUACAUAACCCUCCAUUUCGUGGUGGCUUAUGUGUUCAUUUUUCUUAGGAUGACCGACUGCAUUUUUCCUACACUUUGAGACAAUAGCUUGUACUUUUGUUCCUUCACAUUUCCACCUCAUAAAUAUUUUUUGUGAACUACUUGUGGUCACUUGAUCCCGACAUCUUAGGGAAUCUGGGACUAACUACUUUCUA